GCAUGCGUUUUGCAGGCGGAAAUGCAGCUAUUGCUGCAGUGGAUUGGACUUCUUGGGAUUAUCAUUGGGCCGACGCACGACGAGGCUGCGGCGGCCAAGGAUUCGUGCAGUGCAGGCAGCGUACUGCAUAAUAAGUCACUCGGGCCUCGUCGUAUCGUCGUCGUCGUCGCCGGCGCCGAUGCUUUGCCAGACCACGCUGAAAAUUCGCAGCCUCCCGUCUCGUGUUGUAUAUCUCCUACACUCGUGAUGAUGAAAGGGCUGAGGGACGGGAAAUGAAAUGAAGAUUCGCUCCACGUGACCGGCGACGUCAGCGGUCUUCAGAGAACGAGCGACUUGCUGCGAGCGAGCAGACACGGGCUGGCGUCGUGCUGGUGCCAUCAUUGCGCCUCGAGCGGUCGGGCGCGCGCCGUCUCACCACAACCACCACCACCACCUCGACCAUCGCGUCCACGCCGUUUCACCCCUUCCAACUGCCCACCGCGCGCGGCCACGGACCGACAGCGACACUCUUUGCACACGACUACGCUUCCCAGCCCGGCCUGCACGGCCGACCACGACCACCACCAGCGCCAACAUCCCAGAUCCCCGCUCACAUUUCUCCUGCGCGCUGCUUCACACGCGCACCACUGCCCGUUCCCAUCGACGACCUCCACCGACUCGCAGUCCUCACUCGGCUCUCGCCAGCCAUUGUGCCACGACAGACACCAGCCGAUGCAUAUGUAACGAUAUACACCCAUCUGUACAGACUCUCAGACACGAUUGCCCACGACCCAGCUUGUAACGACUACCGAACCUUUCUUCUCGCGCAGACCUUACUCUUGACUCGGAACAACCAGAAGUCCCACCCUAAACUCUCCGCAAACACUAACCGUAAUUCUUCCUGGACGAAAAACCUCCUGCCACGAACACAUGUCCCACCGUUUUCGAUAGCAACCUCCCACUAUGGACCCGCCACCCCCAGACGGCGUGCACACCACUGCGGAAGGGAAGAGCAGCGCGGAUGGCAGUGUGAAACAUACCACGACUCGGGCAGAGCGACGUCCAAUGCCUGGCAGUUUCGUGGACAUACCCUCAGACGAUUCUGCGAAGAGCGAUCAUGCGAACGACAGCAUGGCCACCACACCUCCGAAGCCGUUGAGCAGGAACAACUCCGACUUCCCUCCCACGCCGCCCACCAUGACCAGCAGCGAGCUUGCCGAUCCCAUUUCCGCGCCAAGGAGGCUGAGCCCGUCGCCUGUCUUUGCAGAUCGGGUCAGGAACGAGUUGGAAAGACACAAGUCGGGCCUUAGCACGCCCGUCAAUCUGAGCAACAGCCCGCCUACACCGGAUCCGUCUCCUCCAACACGCGGAGGUGAUGGCUUGACGAUACCACGUCCAGCAAUGGCCAAGUAUGAGAGCUCCUACGCCGAGUCUUUCCAGACCGCUACCGAAGGGCGCACAUCACAGGCGAGCAGUGCGCAUGCGACCAUGCUUCCCGCUGGGGUCGAGAGCACCCCGAAGCAGAGCUGGCUGGACAUGGCCCGCGCAAUGGGCUUAUCGAACCAGGUGUUGGCCAUGCAGGACGAAGAGCGUGCGGUGAACGACACUGAUAGUGACAAAGCCGCGCGCGUCAAAAAUUAUCACCUCGAAUCAGAUGGCAGUGAGGGCGAGAAGGACAACAAGACGGUUACUUACGAUGCUAGCGAUGAGCGCAGCACAUCCGAUUCCAAUGCUAAAUCGUCCCCUGUCACUCGAAGCGUCAGUCAAAAGCUUGCUGUGACAGCCGUUCCUCGACUACGCAGGCCAUUCCAGCCUGGCGACGAAAUUAAGCGACCCGACGAUUUUCUGAUCUAUGCAUCCACUGGGUCUAUCAAGAAAUGGAAGAAGCCAGAGCGCAUGUCCAGAACACCGCCGCCCCGGGAAAUGGACUCAGAAUUUCUCAGGAAUGCAGAACCCGUGUUCCAGCCCGCCGCACCGGAAGCCCCAGAAUCUGGAAAAGACAUUCUUCAGCGUCUAGAAGAUGUGAUCAAAGAGGACAAUGCAGACCCUGCUCCAUUGACUGCGCUGCCGCCCAUUCCAGCUGAGGAGCGACAAAUAUUGACACCACGCGAGGAGGAAGUCAAGCCUCUGAAGGAAUUUACACCAAGUCCUCCCGCCAACACCAUCCCCACACCUCCUUCCACGGCACAGAAGGAAAAGAGUCUGGAAGAGAACAAUGUGGUGUACAAGAUGAUCCAAGAGGAAAAUGCUAAGCGACAUAGCGCCAUCUCUGAUGGUAGUGUCCCAGCGAGAGUUGUCGCGCCGGCGGAAAACAAGCGCAAGCUGAGACACUCGCAGAAACGAGACUCCCUUCGUGGCGAUGUCAGUCUGAUCAGUAGCUCCGACAGCCAUCGCCUCCGCCACAAGAGGGCAAUGGGCAGCCUUGGACACAGCGAGGAUGUAGCUAGCGCGAAGGAGAAUGUCCUCUCGAAUGGACGUCCGUCAACAAGAGGAACAGAAGGCAAGAGUGCUGAUCCUAUCCCCCGCGCGAGCAGAUCAACUGGCGAGAAGAUCUUUUCGUAUAGUAAUAUGCGAGAUCGUUCUCCGAAGGUCGCACCCGCUAGCGUUCUGGGCAACCCGCACAAGUUGAGACGGUCACUUCGACACAGCAGUCUCGACCACACCCCUCGAUCUGUCAGUGAUUCGGCUCGGCCUCUGAGCGUUAAUACUCAUGCAUUCCUUGCGGAGGCAGAAGCAGCUCCUCCUUCACCACGGCUAAGACGAUCGUCCGCCGAAAACCGGUUGGAUCGAAAUAAUGAAGUGCGGCGAACGAGUCUCGGGCACGUGCCAGAGGUGGCACUCGCUCCCAUAGAGCCUGUGCAGCCUGCCAUUGCAGAGCAACCGAUGAACGAUGUGUCCAAAGAAGAAACACAGCAAAGCCCUCGACUGGGCACCUCGGAGAGGAUGACGAGGCGAGAUCGACCUGAAUCGUCCGAAGUCAGCUUCAAUACUACACAAUCUCCGCGACGGAAAAGCAUGGACUAUCGAUCACUGCACCCGACCAUCACACCUAUGAGCCAAGCUUCAGGUACCGCCAUGUCAGAGGCUGAGCUAUGCGAGGCCAAAGGUGUAACCUUCUUUCCCCACAACAACAAGAGCCUGCUUGUGGUCCAGACUGCGCGGCAUGUCAGCAUCCCGGACUACCCGCCGAUUGAUGAGGAUGAUUCCGACAUUGACGGCAAUCCAAUACCUCACAUCAAAAGUCCGCGAUUCAAAGCUUUUGUUACGCCCGCUGAUGAAAUCGGGAAGCCGCUGCAUAGCGUUGACAGCCCACUUACGAAUCCGCGCGCAGCACCCGAACCUCCUGUCAUAAAGUUCAUUCCUCCAACGCCUGCUGACGAGCUCGAGCGAGAACUUGGCAGCGAAGAGGUCCGCAGGAAGGAAAACUCACGACCCAACCUGCAACGCUCUCUUAGCUUGAAAGACCGCAUUCGUCGCCUUGGUGACGCCCUGAAUCAACCCGUUCCGUUCGGCCGCCAAAACUCUUACCGCAGGUCUGCUCCUCCGCGCCGCAUCCCGCAGGCUGAAGUGCAGCAGAGACCUACGUACUUGAGUUCCUUCUGGCAGCCGAGGGACUUUUGGGAGGGCUACAGUGAUGACAGUGAUGUUGAAGACGAAGAGGACUUCGAGCCUUUGCCCGCUGGUGGCGACACGAGCGAUGUUGGCGAAGAGCAACAGCAGAAGCGCAGGAGUGCAGCGUUCUUCCUUCCUCGCGCUAUGUCGAAACGUCUUCCGGGCUUUCGCGGAUCAGGUGGCUUCUUGAUGGGGAACAGUUUGGGGAUCGAUCGUCACGGCUCGAAUAACAGAAGACAUUACGUGGAGCGAAGAGCGAAUGCUUCACACCCGAGCUUGGUCCUUCGGCCAGAUUUGGUCCCUGACCAGCACCAUCGACAGCCUUCGUCGACGUCUUCCAUGCCCAGCCUCCGGAACCGGCACUCGGAGGAGCUUCUACGACGACUCUCGAUCUCGGGCCCGCCCCAGCAGCAAAGAAGAAUCAUUUUCAAAGUGCCUUUCACUGGUGGCAGGAGGAUCGAGUACGUGGGAUUUUCGGUUUUGGGAAAGAAAUUAGCGGCGAAGAAAAAGAGAGCAGCGGAAAGACAGGCGGAGGAAAGGAGGAUGAGAGUAAGAGAAAGUAUUGGACCCAGGGUUUAUCAUGAAGGUGGCGUGAGGUCAUAAGGGAAGGAAAAUGGAUACAGAUGAUGACCAGGAAACGGGAAGGAUUCGAACGGAAAGGCAUGCCAUUGCAGUGCGAUGUUGCCACGUUUGGAAAAUGAGGAACGAUGAACUUUUGGGGAUAUUUGACGACCGGCUCAGCUCAUUGACGAAGCGGAGCAUCGAUGAAGAUUUUGACUGAUGAUGAAUGAUGACUUGACUUGUCUUAUGACAUUUGUACUUUUCGAAACGAUUUAACGAAUUUCGCACGAAUGUAUCAAC